GGAAUGAAACCUCCCCCUACACUGUGAAUGCUUAUUAUACUAAUACUACACGUGAUCUGCUGGCUGCCCCGGUACUCCUCCCUGCUUUGCAGUAAGUCCCCGCCCAUCCACCACAAGGGAACCCUCACUAGGGACCGAGUAACCGGCAAGCUCAGCGAGCAGACACUCGUUACAAUAUCUCUGGGUCUUAAAGAGACCGCUUGUUUUUCACUCGAAAAUGCCAAGUACUGGCAUAAAAGUGAAGUGUACGGAAUCUCACUUGAUGAUGUGAAAAGUGUGCUUCGGUACACGAAUUCCUACUCCUUUGGUAUCCCCAAUGUGGACGUUAAGUGCGUGUGUGAUUGUCCGGGAGCAGAGGACUUCUGUAGUUCCAACACAGACAGUUGCAAGGAAAACGGCAUAUUCGCAGCUCAAGGUACUUGCUACAGUUGGUACGAGCAAGGCAAGAGCAACUCUGGUUGUACCGCGUUUCUGUCGGGCAGUGCUGAAGUGUGCUGCAGUAUCAAUGUUACCCCGCAGAACAGGACUAUUUGGAAGGCUAUACAGCUGGGUCCGGGAGCUAACAGAGCCAUGUUUAGUGUCACCAGUCUCAAUACUCAGCGGACAGUUACAACUGAGGUGGACAUUGAAGGGGGCCAUCCCAUACUAAAACCUUUCUACUUAACUGUGUCCGCUCCAUCAAUACAAUCACCGUUAAAAGCGGGUUGGUAUUUUGGCUCUGAUACCGGAGAUACGCUGUACGGAGGAGUGGAGCUGAACGGUUUGUCCGAGUACGACACAAACAAGUUGGGCUGGUAUAAGUUCACCAGGGGUAUGUUCGAGAUGGACAAGUCUCAGAUCAUGGACUCAUUCAACGUGGAGGUGGACAAUUGUGAUAGUGAUGAGCUUAAUGUGGAGUUUGAUAACAAGAACACUCAGAAAACAUUCCACCAGGCCACUGAACUGAACCAGUUGUUCAAGACGUCCAUUGCUCAUGUUGAGAGGUCCGACGAGGAGAGGAGUGUUGAGGCGUUUUUCAGACAAUACAGCAAUAUUGAGUUGACUCUGACGCUUGAGGGGGACUAUACCGUCGUGCAGGUGUUUGAUGUCUCUCAUUUCCGUGAUUUUGAUGGCGUGGUCAUGAUGGACAAACAUUCCAACUACUUCGUCAAUAUCACUAUCUACGAGGGUGAAGGAAGCAUCAGGGGUAACCUGACAGUGGAUAGUGAAACUGACGUUUUCAAAAUUAAUAUUCCAGAACAUCAGAGUGACGCCAGCAUCUUCUACAUCAGAUUAAGUUCCCUUUGUGAAGCACACCAACAAGCUCGGCUUUGCCUCUUUACUGAGGUUGGGGUUGAGUCAGUACUUUGCAAGCCUGUUGAAUGCAUUCGUGAACUUCUUCAAGAAUUUGAACUGCCUGACUCCGCUAUUGACUAUGAAAAGGGAGAGAAGAUGAGUAUUUUAUCACCUGCAACUUGGGCCAAACAUCUCAACCCAGCAGAGUGGUUUAACGGGAUCAAGAACUGGAAGGAGGCUUUGAUAAUGGCAACAGAACUUGUGGGUAUUUUCACUGUUAUCGGCGUGGUUUUGAAACUAUUGAAGGUUUUCGGGUGUCUGGGAAAGUGCUGGGCUUGCAUUAUUGGCCCGAUCAACUUCGACUUUUUAAAGAAACGAAGAGAGAAGGUUCAACCAAAGUUGUCCAACGAGAGAGAUAGGGAAAGGAGAGUCCUAAUAGAUGAAAUAAGGGAUCACUUAACAGCUGUUGACGGGAAUAUAAUCCACCAAAACAUGAACUAUCGGCACAGAUCCCAGUCCUCUGAAUCCUCUCCCUCCUACCUAGUGAGUACUCCUCGGUACAUCGAACUAGAUGACGCCCAGGGCAACCCCGUCACCCUGAUGACUACAACCGACCCUAACAUAUUCGUGUGGGAUAAAAACACCACCCUCUCCACUACAGCCAACUCAACUCCCCAGUCCUCCAGAACCUCCACUUCCACCCCUCAAUCUCAGAGGAAAGCCUACACUCUGCCAGUAAACAGCUCGCUCAGCAACGCUCCUCCUGUCCCACCCAGAGCUGCCACUCCCGGCUUCAACCUCACCCCCAUCAUGGGAAAGAAGAGCAGCACUCUCCCUAACCCCUACAGCGCUACUCCACCUCCCUCCAGAAUACCGGUUGCUCUCAGCAGAAUGGGGAGACGACACACCGUACAAGACGGAGUUGACACUGAAGCUCUCUCCUCUCCCAGUCUCCAGAGGGUUCCUACUCAUCACACUGGCUCCUCCAGAAGCUUAGCUAGAGCACCGGGACAUGGAUCACCUAAUCUAGCGAGAAUGCACUUGACUAGAGCACUGUUUAAUGACCAAGAGAUGGAACUAAUGACUAAUUCUACAGAGAGUUUGUUGAGUAGAGGAGGACAAGCAGUAGAGAUUAUUAGAGACGCUCCGAGGAGGCCAGGCCACUCAAGGAAUGGGUCGAGAGUGCUGCUUUUAAAGAACAGUAGUGAGCUUUAGUAAUCCUUUUAAAGUAGUAACCAUAGCUAUGAUCGAGAUUUUAGCUGUAUUAGUAUUUGUAAAUGAGCACUGUAGCAUUGUAGAGGGAAUUGUUCCGUGAAAAUAAAUCAAAUGGGUGAUUGAGUUUUUCAAAACAAUUUACUUUGUAAUAUAUUCGACGUGAAAGAAUUUUUUAUCUUAAAAUAUUAUUCUAA